ACCACGAAGAAGAAACCUGUACACACGGAAGUCAUCCAGGAUCUUAUAUGCAUGAGAUUUUUUCCUCUUGUAGACUCUCUCUGUAAUUUACUCUGUCUGUUAGCGCUUCGUUAAACCGUAAUGGCGCUUAACGAUGCGACGGUCGGUGAGGAGACACCGAGGAGAUAACGUGCGGUUAUCAGCGGACGGUUGACGGUUGAAAUCCAGUGUGGGUCAAUGGACGCCAGGACCUGAAGGCUGCUGUUUUGACAGCUGGGUUGGGACUCCGGUACCUGGACUGUGUCUGACAGAGAGAGCUGCUCAGAGCCGAGGCUGAGACCUUAAAGUGGGGUUCAUUUUAUGUGGAGACAGAUAUCUACGGAGGAGAAGUUGGUUUUAAAGCGCCAUUGAAGGAAAGACAGAAAGCUUCACACCGACCAGUGGCCAUGGCCUCUUCCCGGCUGAAGUACCUCUCUCUGGGCGUGCUGGUGUUCCAGACCACCUCCCUGGUGCUCACCAUGCGGUACUCCCGCACCCUGCAGGCCGAGGGCCCGCGGUACCUGGCCUCCUCAGCUGUGGUGGUGGCCGAGGUCAUGAAGAUCUUCACCUGUGUGCUGCUCGUCUUCAAGGAGCACAGUUACAGCAUGCGAGCACUGAACAGCAUUCUGCGUCAGGAAAUUGCCCACAAACCCCUAGAAACGCUGAAGCUGGCGAUUCCUUCGGGGAUCUACACGCUGCAGAACAACUUGCUGUACGUCGCCCUGUCCAACCUGGACGCAGCCACCUACCAGGUGACGUACCAGCUGAAGAUCCUGACCACAGCUCUGUUCUCGGUGUCCAUGCUGGGCCGCAGGCUGGGAGUGUACCAGUGGCUCUCGCUGCUGAUUCUUAUGGCUGGAGUGGCUCUCGUGCAGUGGCCCUCUGAGUCUGCAGCAACCCCAGAGAAAGAGGCCCACUCUGCAGGCUCCCAGUUUGUCGGUGUAGCAGCAGUUCUGGUCGCGUGCUGCUCCAGUGGGUUUGCUGGUGUCUACUUUGAGAAGAUCUUAAAGGAGAGCAAACAAAGCGUUUGGGUCCGCAACAUCCAGCUAGGGAUGUUUGGCCUGGUGUUUGGCCUCUUUGGGAUGCUGGCCUACGACGGAGAGAGGGUGAAGGAGUCAGGAAUGUUCCAGGGAUACAACACAGUCACCUGGACUGUCGUAGCUCUGCAGGCGCUGGGUGGUCUGGUCAUAGCAGCGGUCAUCAAGUAUGCAGACAACAUCCUCAAGGGCUUUGCUACAUCGCUAUCCAUCAUCCUGUCAACUCUUAUAUCGUACUUCUGGCUACAGGACUUCGACCCCACCAGCGUUUUCUUCCUGGGGGCCAUUUUGGUCAUCACAGCCACUUUUCUCUACGGCUACGAAGGCAAGCCAUCCCCCAACCCCAGCAGGGCGUAGGACACUCACGGCUGACACUACAGCAGCAGUAGGAGGUCCUGUUGAAGCGUUGAAAGGAGGACAGAGAGCUGCAGGAAAAAGGAGGGGAAAGGUCUUUAUCAUAUAUUGUGAUCACAAAAAGGAAGAGACAGAGCAGAGGAGGAGGAAGAGAGGAGGUAAGCAGGUUGGGAACAGAGGACAGACAG